AUGCAAUACCGUUACGCAAAACUGUCGGCUAAUAUUCAUCGGACGUAUCCAUUGUUGUCACGCAUUCAAUGGCGAGUCAAUGGAUACCCGUUUCGGAUGCGAUUCAAAGUCAAACUAAUGGCUUAUUUUGAACGACUGUCCAGUGAUCGCAAAAUCGGUGCAACACUCGGACCUCAAAUGAAUGCAUUGACGUUAACUUUAUUUUAUCAGAUACCAAAUUUUAGUGAAUCAAAACAUUUACGUCAUAAAUACAAAUUUUCACAACAUUUGCUCAUUUGGUUCAGUUUUGGUGACUUCUUAAAGUGUUCAAUGUCUGAGAAAACCAUAAAUUUUGCUUCUCGUGAUUUUCGGGCAAUAAUUGCCUAUUGUUAUCGGCGCGCGCUGACGGCACAGGAGGCGACAGAUGAAAUUAAUGACACAUUGGGAUCAAAUACUGUUAUUUACUCUACAGUAACGCAUUGGUAUCGAGAGUUCAAAUUUGGUCGUACAUCACUUGAGGACAUGCCGAAGUCAGGUCGACCUCGGGAAGUGACCACCGAUGAAAAUGUGGCCAGAAUUCGGGAACUACUUCAAGUAGAUCCACGAAUGACACUAAUACAGAUGGCAUAUACAUUGAAUAUUUCAACCGAGAGAGUCCAUCAUAUUCUACACAAUUAUCUUAAUGCAAGACAUGUUUGUGUCAAAUGGGUACCCCACGUGCUGUCAGCCGACCAAAUGGCCACUCGUGUUAAGAUCUGCCGGGAAAACCUAAAGAUAUUUUCGGAUGGCGGAGAUCACUUUAUUUAUCGAUUAGUGACUGGUGAUGAAACAUAUGUGUACUUUUAUGACAAUUUAAACAGUAAAGAAGCAAAGUUAUGGGUCAUAGAAGAUGAAGAGAUCCCGAAGUUAGCCAAACGUGAAGUGCAUGUAAAAAAGAUAAUGUACGCCAUUUUUUUCCGCUCAACCGGUAUUGUGAAAAUCGUUAAGUUAGGAAAGGGAGAGAAGGUUACCGCCGACUGGUAUGUGAAGAAAUGUUUGCCUCAAGUCUUUGAAUCUGUUUGUGAGGACCGCCCGAAGUCGGGACUAACUGGUAUUUUUUUGCAUCACGAUAAUGCCCGUCCUCACAAAGCAUUGGUAACAACCAAGUAUCUCAAAGACAAUGGUAUUCGACUUCUGGCACACCCACCGUACAGUCCUGAUCUGGCUCCGGCUGAUUUUUGGCUUUUCAAAAACCUCAAGAAACACCUGAGAGGAACGGUAUUUAAUAGCGAAAUUGAGAUUGACAUCGCUAUUGAGUCAUUUUUGGGAGACCUAAGUCCAGCCGACUGGCGCGGGGUCUAUGAGAAGUGGGUCGACCGUAUGAAACGUGUCAUAAGGGCUAACGGAGACUAUAUUUAA